AUGACUCUAUCCACACCUCAACUCACCACACCCACCAUAACAACGCCCCCAACCUGGGCCACCCUCCCAAAAACCCUCCGCCAAACACCUCCCUCAAACCUCACAUCCCACACGAUAAACCAAAAGCGCGGCAGACCCCUCGACUCCUUUCUCGAAGGUCCUAUCUACAUUCAAUCCCUAAACCUCCUCUUUCUAACCGACAUUCCCUACGGACGAAUCUUCACCCUCAAUCCCACCACCGCGCAAUGGUCCCUCUUCCUCCAAUACGAUGGCGAACCCAACGGACUCGCCUACCACCACAUCACAAAGAAAAUCCUAAUCGCCGACUUCAAAAACGGUAUUCUGGAGCUCGACCCCGUCACAAAAAAUCUCCGCACUAUUAUCUCCCGCUACCACGGCGAGAGACUCAAGGGCCCGAACGAUCUGGUGGUUGAUUCUAAGGGAGUGGUGUAUUUCACCGAUCAGGGGAUGACGGGGCUGCAUGAUGCGACGGGACGGGUGUUUCGGUUGAUUCUUGAAGAAAACAAUGGUGAGGGGGUUGAUGGUGAAGUUGGUGGAAGGCUAGAGAUGAUUAUAUCGAAUGGGCCAUCGCCGAAUGGGUUGGUGUUGAGUCGCGACGAGUCGGCGCUGUUUGUAGCCAUGACGAGAGAUAAUUCUAUCUGGUGGGCCGGAUGGGAUGGCGAUUGA